AUGCCGCCGGUGUUGCGACCGCGCACCCCCAAGAAAGGGGAUGCGCCGCGCGUGAAGACCCCGGGGUCGGCAAGGCCCGUGCGUCGCGAGUUCCGGAACGGCGCGCGCGCGGGGACGGGCGCGGAGGACCAGAAGUGGUCUUUCGCCCUGAGCUCCAGUGGUUGGCUCUUCGUCUACUACAUCGGGGUGGUGAAGGCGUUGGCGUCGCGAGGAUUCCACAGGAACUCCAAGAUAUACGGGACGUCGGGAGGUGCCCUGACGGGCUGCUUACUCUUCUUAGACAUAGAUCUGGACGCGCUCGCGGAGUACGCGUACAUCUGCGCGGCCGAGGCGCGCGCCAGCAUCAGGGGCGCGUUCAAGCUGAGGGACUACUGCCGCGGCGCGAUCACGCAGUUUUGCACCGCGAACGCGCACGAAAUUCUGCAGGGACGGUUCGAGGUGUCCAUCACGCGCAUCUUCCCGUGGUACAAGAACCUCCGGGUGAACAACUUCCCCACGUACGACUUCCUCAUCCAGUCGCUCAUGUGCUCGGCCUGCAUCACUCCUCUGGCGGGAUUUCCCAUGUGGCUCAAGGGACACGGCUUGUGCUUCGACGGCGGCGUGAGCGAUUUCCAGAUUCUCAAGGGCCUCGCGCGCAACGGAACGUUCUGCAAGCUUCACUGCAGGAAGACCAACCCGAAGGAUCUGGUGGUCGUGUGCCCGUUCUACAGCAGCCGGGCCAACAUCCGGCCCAGCAAAUACGUGCCCAUCUGGUGGGCGUUUUACCCUCCGCCGCCGUACAAGCUCAAGGAGCUGUUCGAGCUGGGGCAAAAGGACGCGCACGCGUGGUGCGAUAAGCAGGAGGACGCCGGGAGCUCCCCGGAGAAGGACGAUUCGCCGAGGGCCACGUCAUCGGAGGGGUCGAGGUCGUCGGACGAGGACGAUGACAUGGAGUGGGAGUGGCAGCGCAAGGAGAAGGCUCAGGCUCGAGGGACCUCAGACGCGAAGGACCUCAGCCGCGAAUCCUCGGUGACCGCGGACGACCAGGACAUGGAGCCGCCGACGUCGCCCACGGCCACGAACAGAGGUUUCACAGAGUGGGCGGCGGAGUGCCAGGAGUGGGCCUCGCUCAGCGCGGAGGCGGCGGCGAGGCGGGCGAUGAGCGCGGCGCGAGCGGCGGCAAACAAGGCGGAGGCGUUUGUCCACCACGAGGCCGAGGUCGUGCACACCUACGCGUCCGGGAAGUUUUGCCAGGCGCAGGCUGCCGCAGAGGCUAUGCGCAGGGUGGCGUCGAAGAGUAACCUGCCGGAGAUUGACCUCAUCGCGGAUCUGGACGACGACGAUCCGGAGGAGGAGAUCCCUCGAGGGAGGUUCCAGGCGCACAGGCUGCUCUUGAAGUCGUUGGCGUGCAUGGUGAUCUACCUGGAGCUCGUGGCGCAGACGCUGCUGAACGUGUGCGGAGCCGGCGCGGCGCUGUUACUUCCCGGGGUCAGGUCGGGGAAGCUCCGCGAGAAGGUUUUCGAGUGCUGCCGACCGCUGCCGCGGGUGCUGCUGCAGCCGGUGCCCGGGGUGCGGAAGGUUGCGAAGAUCGACGGAAAGACGGCCAAGGCGCUGGGUAACAUCUCGGUUGCCUACCGCGUGCUAUGCUACUUGGUCCACAUGGAGGUCCACUGCUAGUUGACCUCGCAGCGACUGCGAGUUCACGAGACGUGACUGAUAACAUUAGGAGAAUCUUAUUAUCUUUCUCUUUGAAUAACAAGACUUGUUGUCCACC